GUUAUAUAAGAAAUUUUUAAUUGAUAUAUAUUUUCCAUUCUGUUCUUCAAAGUCACACAAUUUCCAAACUGUCCCAAAUAGCUGCAUAUAUUCGACUUUUCUUUAAUGAUAUUUGCUUCAGAAUCGAUACACGUGUUCUGGAUACAUGUCCAUAAUAUCAAAAAUCUUCCACUAUUGAUUGCAAAAAGGAACCAAAUUUUUAAGAAUGAACAACACACUCUACACAAAUCCUCUAGGAACAGUACAGUAUAUACCGAUCUUUAUUUACUUAAAUCUACUCAGUGAUUUCUUGUUUGUUGAAAAAUAUCUGAUGGAAAUUAAUCAAAACAAACAAAUACCAGUUGUUAAUGCACUCUAUGAAUAUUUAGAAGACCAUCAUGAUAAUGAAACAAUGAUUCUUAAAUUAAUAAGAUAUUUGUUAAAAGGCAGCGACUUAUACGGAGAAGAGGAGAAUGAAACUUCUGACCUAAUUUUUGUGAACACAAUGUUUGACUACAUUAUUAAGUCCCUUGUUUUUGACAAAUAUGGAAAUAUUUAUGGUUUUCUAGCUGAUGUUGUACGAAAAGCAAAAACGUUAGAAUUGAGUUUAAUAUACAGUGAAAUAAAGGUAAAUCUUGAGAAAGCAAUAUUUCAAAACGAGUACGGUGGACCAUCAACUCUUUCUUCUUUAUCAGUGAAUAGAAUAUUAACAGAUAUAAUAUUGCCUCUAUUUCCAAGACCAAAAACUGACCUUAAUUUAUUGUCUCCUGAUUAUAUUUAUGCACAAGCAGGAUUACAUUUUCUUCAACCUGGUAGAGUAAAUAAAAUAUAUUACUCAGAUUUAAAAAACUUUCAAUCUAAUAUAUUGGAUCAAGAAAAUUUAUUUGACGAAUACUUGACUAUGGGACUUAUGUUGGAAAAUUUACAUAAUCAUGAAAAUAUAACUUUAGCAUCAUUUAAAGCUUUUGCUCUUCCAGCCUUAUUUGUCCAUGUCACUAAAGAAUCUGAACAAAACGAUGGAAUAAAAAAUACAGUUUUUGACCCACAUUUCUGGACAGCAGCAUAUGAAAAUCUUUUUUUUUAUUUACAUGAAACUUUUGGCAGAAUAAAUGAUAAACUUAACGCUGACACUAUAUAUCAAAUACAUGUUGCGUUCUCAACAUUUUACAAUAGGUCGGCAAUAGCUAAACUAUUAAUAGAAAAUCAUUGCCAAUAUCUUAACAAAGAAGAAGUACAAUCCAAAAUCGCUGACUAUUUUUAUAAUCCCGAAGGUUUUCAAUGUAAUUCUGAUCAUAUAUUACCAAAUUUAAAUGAAGCAUUCAUGUACCAAGUGAAUAAAAUUAUUGAAGCAUAUAAAAUACAUGAUUUGAAAUCAGUGAAACAGUCAUUCGGAAUUUCUUUAUUAAGAUCUCUCAAAUAUGAUAAAGUAAUUAUACAAUUACUUGUUCCGGAUGAUAAAGUAAAAUUAGGUGUAUUUAAUAAUCAUGCGCGAAUACCAUUUGAUUUAUUUGUGUUUUAUUAUCCAGAAAACAAUAAUGCAGACUUUUAUGCAUUAAUACGAGAAAAUUACACGACGACAUUAAUCAAAGAGGCUGAUAAUCCUGAAGAUUUUCAAAACAAAACUGGUAUGAGUGUUCAAUUGUUGCUAAGUCUUAGGUAUCAUCGAUUAAAUUUAAAAACAGUUGACCAAUCUAUGGAUGUAUUUUGGAAUAAAUUUUUAUCUUAUAAAGAACAACGAUUAGAAUCAUAUUUAAAAUUUUCCGACUCACGUUUCGUAUUGGGUGAAUGGUGGAAGGAAUUUGGUUUACCAUUAGUACCGUUCUAUCCAUGCGUAACAAAAUCACAAGAGAAAAAAUUUGGUGAGUAUAAUCUUUGCGAAAUUGAUGAUUUGGAAUUUUUUCAUCAAUUCAAUGAAGAUGUAUCUUCAUUAUUGAUCCAACAAAGUACACAAACCUUACUAACUUCAUUAGGUACUUCUUUAAAGACAAUGAUGAUAAGAAAUUCAAACCAUAAAAUAAUUAAUAAAAUAGUUAAAAUGAAUAUCAAAAGUGUAUUACCAUUCUAUGAAGAAACAUCUAUUAGUGAGGUAUUUAAUAAAAUGUCAUUACACAUAGAAGAACCUGGAUUUCAACUUAUUUCAAUUACUACAAAUUAUCUUGACUUUUUAGGAACAGUAAUUUCUUUGUUACAAACCAAAGUCAAUCAUACAUUUACAUCUCUUAAAAAUAUGCUACGGGAUAUACAUUUUUUAAUUUUUAAUCCUUUACAACUAUUAAAACUGAAAGAUAAUAAUACAAAUUGUUCUUUUUACAUAAAGCGUCGAUACAAUGCAAGGGGUAAUUACGGUUAUGGUUACAAAUAUUUUUAUAUAGCUCCUAAUAGAUUUGUACAAUUCAGAACUAGUUAUGUUGAAAACAAAAGAAUCUUUCUUCUAUUGAAUGAUGAAAAUAAACCAAAUGAUGAUGAAAUAUAUUAUCAGAUUUUGGAUAAUAGUUUUGUAUAUGCAGAAGAAAAAUGUUUAUUUGAAAUUACUAAUCAAUUAGAAAGGAGCGGUGAGAAUAAUUUAUUUUUAAGAAUAUCUACUCAUUCUUUCAAUAUUGAAAAAUGUGACAUUGGUAUAUACAUGCAAUGGUCACUACCUUUAGUUGAUUGUCCAAGACAUGCCCGUCGCAUGGAAAAAAGGUGGAAUCUUGAUGAAGAUGUGGAAUUAGUAUUAAAAAAACAAAUGAAUCUCACAAGAAAUGAGAUUUUGAAAACAAUGGAAAAAUAUACAUUUCCGGAUGAAGGAAGGCUUGAUUUAAAAUUCGUGAAAGAUUAUACAAAUACUACUGACUUAAAAAUACCUGAAUGGUCAGAACACUAUAUAAUAGAAAACCAUGCUCUUCUCUCGAAAUUAAGAUUCGAUUUACACCUCGAGAAUGCUAAUUUGUCACUCACUGAUGGUAUUCUUAAAAUUGAAUCAAUUUACACAUUCCGAGAAAAAUACAAAAUUGAAAAUGGAACAAAUCUAAAAAGUAUAAUUGAACACUACAAUUCUCAAAAUGCACGAUAUGUUACCACAUUUGAAGAUUAUUAUGCAAUUCGAAAUUUUGCACAAUCUGGAUAUACAAGAAUAACAGGAGAUACGAGGGAGGCAAAUUUUAUGAAAUUGGCUUUAUAUAAAUUAGCAAUAAGACAAUCUGACGAUCCAGAUGAUGAAUUUGAAAAAACAUUAUUUAGAAUUGAAUCAAAACCAGUGGAAAUCAUCAACAGAACACUAUCCUCUAGACAAAUAUUUACUUUGCAAAAAUUUACAAUAAAUUAUUUAAAGGAGUCUGCAGCUCUUAAUUCCGCUGCGGUUGCAAUUUCUGGAUAUAAAAAUGUUUUGUACGAAAUGAAAUUUACUAAACCUUACUUUAGAGCAAAAAUAAAACUGUUCUAUCAUUUUGAGGAAGAGAUUGCAAUUCUUUUACCGGGAACUAUGUUUUCGAUUGUUAAUGUCAGUGAAACACAGUUUCGUAAUUUGGGUAAUUUUUUAUGGGUUACACUUAUGUAUAAUCACAAAAGUGAUGAGAAAUUUCGAGGGUACAAAAAUAUUAUGAGAGAAAUUACAGAAAUUACGUCCAUAAAACAUCAAUAAGUUUAUAAAGUAGUUAAUAUCUAGAAAAUUUUAAUUCUAUUGUAAUUUAUUUAACUCUUUCCCACCUAGAAUUAACUGAAUAUUCAGUGAAUGAGAGCUGAAGUUGUUAUUUUCGUUUUGAUGGUCUCUGAUUAUAAGUUUGAGUUUUGUGUUUCUAAUUGCAAAAUAGCGUAUGUAAUAUUGAGGCCAAAAUUUUAAAAAUCGUUUUGAUUUGCUUGAAACUCGUUUCUCUAGGGUUCUUGGAGUCGUAGAUUACAAUGCUGAUUUUAAAUUUGUAAUUAGUAACUUCGAAUCCCAUAAAAUAACGAGGUUCAAGCAAAUCGUAUGAAUUAAAAAAAUUUGUCAACUAUAACCAAUCGGCUUUAAAUUUCAUUCUCUCGCCAUAUUUGACCUGCCAUUUUGAAUUUUGAAAAACUGAUAUCGAAUUCAUAAUCAGCGAUCCCAAACACUCUUGUAUAAUAAAUUUUAAAGGAUUUCAAACUAUUUUUAAAAAUAAAUAAUAUUUAAAAAAUAGUAUGUAUGUCCCAUAUGUGUAAAAUGGUUUAAAAAAAUUAAGAAUUCAAAACAAUUGUAAAAGUUUUCUUAUACAUGUGGUAAAUUUAGA